UGUUUCGUUUGGUCCUAAACUCGGCAGCAAGAUUCUGAGCUGCCUCGGUCGGUCUGAUCGUGACGUGUAUUACCGAGGACUUCCUCAAAAUGUGCAGGUUGCUAAUAUGAAGUUAGCCAGUUUUGUUGCCGAUUAUAUUAAGUGAUUCGCGCAAGACAAAUUAAAGCGCGAACUGUCUUUGGUCGGUGUUUUGUAAGCAAUAAUGCAUCUCAUGGUCGGCGGAGGAGACGGACGGGCUGAAAGAAAUGUGAUGUGCGUCUUGUUUCCGCUCGCCGCCGUGUUUUUGUUGUCGGUCGGAGUUGCUGCUGUUCCAGAGGAGCGCCAAGUAGCUGUCCAAGAGCAACCCCCACAAGAGAAAGCCUCAAGUCCCCAUCCAGUAGGCCCAGUAGUUUCUGAAGAUGACUCCAGCAAAAGAAACCUGGGUUUCAUCCAUGCCUUUGUGGCCUCUAUCUCUGUCAUCAUCGUCUCUGAGUUGGGAGAUAAGACAUUUUUCAUUGCAGCCAUCAUGGCCAUGCGUUACAACCGUCUUACCGUGCUGGCAGGUGCUAUGCUGGCCCUGGGAGUCAUGACUUGUCUUUCUGUGCUGUUUGGCUAUGCCACCACCAUCAUCCCUAGAAUCUACACAUACUAUGUGUCCACCGCUCUGUUUGCCAUCUUCGGUGUUCGCAUGCUUAGAGAGGGGCUGAAAAUGAGUCCAGAUGAAGGCCAGGAGGAGCUGGAAGAGGUGCAGGCAGAGAUCAAGAAGAAGGAUGAAGAGCUCCAGCGGUCCAAGCUGGUCAAUGGGACUCAAGAUGUGGAGGCUGGAUCAGGGACCACCGUGCCUCAGGGAAAGUGGCACAGCUUCAUCUCACCCAUCUUCAUCCAAGCUCUCACCCUCACCUUCCUGGCAGAGUGGGGGGACCGCUCGCAGCUGACCACCAUUAUUCUAGCUGCCCGGGAGGAUCCAUUUGGAGUUGCAGUGGGUGGUACACUUGGACACUGUUUGUGUACAGGACUGGCAGUGAUAGGAGGGAGAAUGAUCGCCCAGAAAAUAUCUGUCAGAACAGUUACAAUCAUUGGAGGGAUUGUUUUUCUGGCGUUUGCCUUCUCUGCCCUGUUCAUCAAGCCAGAUGCUGGAUUUUAAUUGGACGAAAGACUUUCAGGUCUACUCUGUACAUACGUGUAAAAUUUGGUUAAGUUGCUGUAGAGAGACUGUAGUUUUGACUCUGUAUGUGUCAAGAGAGCCAGAGUCUCGUCCUCAUCUCCUAGCUAGCCUCUGUUCCAGUGCAGUCUGUCUCGACGUUACUUUGUUAGCAUUAAAUAAUAUUUCCUAAGAGUCUUAAUCUUCAAAGCCUCAUGGGAGGUGUAUAUGUUGAAUGCUAACUAAUCAAUGCUUUAUCUGUAUCAAGUACAGAAACUAGAUACCCAUUAGCUUACAACAGAAAACCCUGGAAACUUUUCAGAAAGUAUGAAGUAAAACCCUCAAUGAGAAGAAAACAUUGAGUUACAGAGGUUAGCUAGGAGAGGGGGGCAGGACUGUAGCUGAGCUGUAUUCUCAUCACAAGGUGUGUGUGAGAGAGACAGAAGACUGGAUUGUUACUGAUUGCUGCCCAUCUCUAAAAGGUUCUGUGGCUCAGAAACAGAGCCUGACACAAAGUACUUCCCUACCACUCAGCCAUCUCAGUUAGACACUGAGUCCGAAGAAAAACAUUUUUUUGCCUUUUUUGUUUUGUUUUUAAAUGCUAAAUGUUUUUGGGUCUAUUUAACAUGAGGCCAGGUGCUGUCAGGUGACUGUUGACAGAAUAGUAACCCUGGACCGAGAUGCCAGUUUCCUCUUACAGGAGUUGGCUGGUGUUGAUUGGUUGUUUAAUCCACCUUCCUCUCUGGGUGACACUUUUUACUACAAUGUAUUCAAAUUGCAUAAUAAAUGGGGCUACUUUCUGUAAGAUUUUAAUUUCCCGCUGUGAGAGAAAACACAAAAAACAGAACCAACAGCACAUAAUUAAGAAAUAGUUUUUGAGAUCUGAUUUAAGUUGAGAUUUUAUUUGAGGCAGAGCAGUCAUCGAAAUAUUUCCCUUAGUUAAUCCUGUGUUUCACAUAGGAGCGGUCUUUUAGAGAGACAGGAACCUAAACCACUAGAAUACCUCUGCGUCCAGGUGUCGCCAUACCUAUGUUGGAAUACCUGUGUAGGUACACUACCCAGAGAGCUACACCACAGCUUAAAAUUGCCUGUGUGCACCUCUUCAAAAUCCUAAUCAUAUAUUGGAGAUAUUGAUCGAGGUACUUCAUAUUUCCGAUAGUGAACAAAACAUGAAUCGUGUUGAAGGCCAAUAAUCACCUCCACAGAUUCUCCCGCACUGGUUAACUCUUCCUCAGUGAUUAAAGCCAUUUCUGGUAUGAACCUCACUGUCUCCAUUGUUACAGCCCCGAAUCACGAAAUCAGGUACAGGAUAGAUGAGUCACCAACAUGUAACUUAUCCUUCAAACUUACAGUAUAAGUCACUCCUUCUGCCAUAAGCAGCUGUGUUGUAGCUACAGUGACACCUGAACACGGCAAUGUAAUUGAAGUCUACAUUUCACCUUUUAUUUAAAAUGGUAUCUAUUUAUUUAGCUUCAUUUUCUGUCCUUUUUUUUUUAAGCACAUGUACUGUAGAAACAGAAAGGGUGAGAGAGAGGUCAUUACACACAAGGAAUGGAAAUAUUUUUUUAAGUGAACAGGUUAAAGCUGCAUUGUCAAUAUUUGACAGGCUGUGCCCAGCUGUGAAAUACUUCUGUUUGUGAUACAGGUUGGUUGAGAUGCCUAUGAAUCUAAAAUGCUCAAUAAAAAUGUUUCAUGUGUUGUCUGA